CUGUGUACAAUUAUUUUGCAAUAUUUUUUAGAAAGUUUAAAGAAUUUUACAUAGAAUUAGCUAUAAACUGUGUAAAUAAUCAUGUUUUCCUUUAGUUUUUAAUAGACGAUUUAUUUCUAUUACUUCGUAAUUUAUGUAAAAAUUGCUAUAUCAUAACCAUGUCGUUUCUCCGGGGGUCGGAAAACUAUGUUUGGUGUACCACCAGCGUCCUGGGGAAGGGUGCUACGGGAGCGGUGUUUCAGGGGGUCAACAAGAACAAUGGGGAACCAGUGGCGGUCAAAACGUUCAAUCAGCUGAGUCACAUGAGACCGCACGAAGUUCAGAUGAGAGAAUUUGAAGUUCUCAAGAAAGUGAAGCAUGAGAACAUCGUGAAGCUUCUCGCGAUCGAGGAGGAGCAGGAGGGGCGGGGGAAAGUCAUAGUGAUGGAGCUCUGCACGGGUGGAAGUCUCUUCAAUAUCCUAGACGACCCCGAAAACACUUACGGCCUCCAGGAGGACGAGUUCCUUUUAGUUCUAGAACAUCUGACGGCCGGUAUGAAACAUUUACGAGACAAUAACUUGGUACACCGAGACUUAAAACCUGGCAACAUCAUGAAGUUUAUCAAUGAAGAUGGUACCACCACAUACAAGCUGACCGACUUUGGUGCUGCUAGAGAGCUCCAAGAGGAGGAGCAGUUUGUAUCUUUGUAUGGAACUGAGGAGUAUUUACAUCCGGACAUGUAUGAGAGAGCAGUCCUGAGAAAGCCGGUGGGGAAAAGUUUUGGAGCUACGGUAGAUCUCUGGUCUAUUGGAGUUACAUUGUAUCAUGUAGCCACCGGCCAACUGCCAUUCAGGCCGUAUGGAGGGAGGAGAAAUAAAGAGACCAUGUUUUAUAUUACAACGAAGAAAGCUUCUGGAGUUAUAUCAGGUACCCAGACAACGGAGAAUGGUCCAAUUGAGUGGACCCGGGAGCUGCCCUCCCACUGCCAGCUGAGUGUUGGCCUCCGGAAGAUAGUCACCCCCCUCCUAGCUGGUCUACUGGAGGUGGAUCCCCACAGAAUAUGGACCUUCGAGAGAUUCUUUUCUGAGGUCCAAAUGGUCACAUCAACUAAAUGUGUUUACAUAUUUCAUGUGAAUAAGGUGGCUAGUAUAGAGGUCUUCCUCAAACCUGACGAGAAGUACGAGCACCUGCAGACUUACAUCUGCGAGCAGACGAGCGUUGUAGCCGAGUCCCAGAUACUGCUGUACAAGGAGGUGAUGCUGCUCUCCGAGAUCGACGAGAACACGACAGGGCGGAGUUACCCCGACACGACGGCGGAGGAGCCGCUGCUGCUUUUCAACAAGAACAGCAACGACGUGACCGUCGCGCCCGAGCCCGAGCCGCCCAAGUUCCCCGCCUUCCCCAACAUCGUGUCCGUCGAGAACGAUGCCGCGCAGGCCAAGACCGCCUGCAGCGUCGGUCACGCCCUCCGCCGCCGCGUCGCCGCCCACUGCGCCGCCGCCGCGCUCGCCGCCGCCGCCGUGCGCCGCUGGGCCGCCCUGCUCGACACCCGCGCCGCCGCCCUUGACGCCCGCGCCGCCCACCUCGUCGAGCGCGCCGCCCGCCUGCACGACGCCGCGCGCGCUCUCGACCUCGCCGCCGCCGCCGCCCGCCCCCGCGCCGCCCCCCGCCCCGCUGACGACCGCGCCUCCGCCCCCGCCGCCGCGCUGCUCGCCGGCGAGACUGAGGCACUGCGGGCGGCCGCCGCCGGCCUGCGCGCGCGCCACUCCGCCGCCGCCCUGCGCGCGCACUGGGAGGAGGCGGUGGCGGCGUCGCCGUGCCCGGCCGCGCUGCGCCUGCACCGACGCGCGCGCGCCAUGGCCGAGCGCCUGCGCGACUCCUGGCAGCACCUGGUGCGGGACCGCGCCACGCGCUCGCUCACCUACAACGACGGCCAGUUUCACGUGCUGGAGCGCAUCACGGUCGCGGAGACGGGGCGCCGCGCGCGCGCGCUGCUCUCCCGCGCCGCGCCGCUGGCACGCGCGCGCGCCGAUGCGCUGGCGGACUGGCUGCGCGUGGCGCACACGGUGUUCCUGCAGACGCGCAUCCUGGACCGCGACGCCGCCGCCGCCGACCUCAAGCUGCUGGCGCUGGCGGCGCGGCUGCAGGACGCCGAGCGGCGCGUGCGGCAGGCGGUGGAGGAGGCGGGGGCGAGCGCGGCGCCGGAGGGCGGAGCGGGCGCGGCGGCGGGCGGGGGGGGCGGCGGCGCGGCGGAGGCGGCGGGGGCGCGCGCGCUGCUGGCGGCGGCGGAGGAGGUGGGGGCGGGGCUGGCGGCCCACGCGGCGCUGGUGUCGCGGCUGCUGGUGGCGAGCGAGCGGCGCGCGCCGACCUAGCGCCGCCGCAGCUCAGGGGAGUGGUCGUGGUCGGCGGGUGGCUGGUCGCUAGAGUCGGACGCGCGCACGGUGCUGACGCCGCCCCCCGCCGCGCCCCUCCCCGCCCCCCUUCCCGCCCCGGCCGCCGCCCCGCGCUCGUCCUGCGCCCUUACCUAGCGACUCACUCGGUGCACCGGCGACGCGGUCGCCUUGAUCUCAGUGACGACUGAUAAAUAAUUAUACAUAGUGCAAUUUGUCCUUAACGUGGUGACCAGACCGGACAUACAAACUUGUAAACACUAAAUAAUGAUGAGAAAUAUGGUGGCCUGUAAAUGAGCUCUUAAGCUGUAAAUAAUUCUAUACACCUCAUAACCUAACGGCGCGUUCAGACGUGCGCGUGUUCUACUAUAGCGUAUGGGAAAACACACGCGCAGGUUCUGCGCGGGCUCAGCGCGUGCCGGGCGCGUGUUUUCCCAUACGCUUUUCUAGAACACGCGCACGUCUGAACGAGAUAAGCAUAUGGUUUCAUUAGAGAGAGAGAGAGAGAGAGAGAGAAAUUUAAUAAUAAUGUAUAAUGCCUCUAAACAUUGACUCUCUAGAAACCUUUUCCUGUAUCAAGAAUCAAGAUAAAUAUUAUGAUAGAAAAAAAAAUAUAUAAGUGAUCAACCACACAUUAAUGAGAUAUUCACACAAUAAUUAUUAUAUUGUGUCUACAGUUCGAUGAAUAAAAUUUGUAUUCCAU